AUGAUGAUGAUGAUGGACAAUAUACAACCUGUAAAUAGAAUCACACCUCACAAGUUAUGCUUGUGUUCUUUGAUUGAAUAUUAUCUCUACUCUGAUACAAUCACAUUUCAUCAAAGGAGAUCUUUAUCACUUGUAUUAAUUAAACAUAUCAAAAGAUCAUCAAACUAUUCAGAUCCAACACUUAGAGAGUUUAUUGAAACUGAUUUAAAACAAAGGUUAUCUGAUCACUUUAUAAACAAUGAAUUCAUUGAAAAGAUAACAUUUAAAAGUAUUGAUGAUGUUCAUCAAUUUAUAACUGAUUUGAAUCAAUUAUUUGUAAAAGAAGAGGAAGAAGAGGAGGACAGUGAUGAUGAAGAACCAAAUAAUAACCAUCAAAAGUAUUUGGAACCAAAUAGUAUAUUGGGAUCAUUUGUACAAAAGAUCAUAUUGAAUUAUAAUCAAACCAUGUUUGAUGGUUUGGCUGAUGUAUAUCAUGAAACUAGAUCUUAUAUUCAAGAAUAUAAUCGAGAUGAAGAGGAUAUUGAUUACGACAAUAGAGAUAUAUCUCUAUCUUCUACUCAUGGUAUAUUAACAAAAUCAACCUUUUUAUCACCAUUUGAUGAAGAAAGAUUUAUUUGUGAAGAAAUCAUUAGAGUUAAUCAUUUAAUUGGAAAAGAGAAUCCAAUUAUAAUUAAACAAAGAAUUGAAGAAUUGAGAAGAUUAUUACCAGAUGCAAACAAAAGUAUUUAUCUUGGUUUUUUAAAUUGUCUCUAUCAUAUGGAAUUUGAUGGAGCAUUGGAGGAAUUACAUAGAUAUUUUGAUUAUUGUAAUAGUGGUAGUAGAGGAGUUGGUGGAGGUGAUAAUCUAAACACUCUACUUCCAUACGCAGUGCUUAAUCUCUCGAAACUUCAUUUUCAAUUUGGACAUUAUGAAGAGGCUUACAUGUCUCUUCAAGAAACGAUUAGAAUUGCACAAGAACGAAGUGAUCAUUCUUGCUUGGCAUUGGCACUCAAUCUUUUAAACAAACUUUUGGAACCAUCCGUCCUACAAACCAUCGACAAUAGUGAUCUACUUCAAUCACUUUUAGAUUCUCAAAGUCAACUUGAAGUUUUACAAAGUAGUACAAAAAAAUCUGAACAAUUAGAAAUGACCUCUCUUUCAUCUUUAAAUUACAUGUCACAAUCAAAAUUUAAUUUAAUUAAUAAUCAAAAUAAUCAACAACAAAAUAUUAAUAAUUAUAAUAAUAAUAAUAAUAAUCAAACUACUACUACUACUAUAUCAGAAUCAACAUUUUUUAAUAAUAUAUUUUAUCCAUUACAAAAAAGUCAUCAAAUGUCAAGAGAUGGUAGCAAGACAUUGAACCAAAUGAAAUCAACUGUUUGGGAGAUACUUGGAAACUAUGAUUUGGCACAAUACUAUGCAGAGUUGUCACUUUGUUUUGAUAAUACUGGUCAAUUGGCCAAUCUAGUGGUAUCAACGCGUUCUAAUAAUAAUAAUAAUAAUAACCAAACAAAUACAACUACUGAUACAAUGGAUGAUAUUCUUUCAUACACCAAGAUGGCAUUAUUGUCAUCAAAGAGAGGACAUUAUCAAGAGGCAGUACAAGCACUCAACAAUUGUAUUGCUAAAUUCCCCUUUCAUUCACAUAUUCAAAGCUCGCCACUUUCGUUUGUACUAGUGUCGGUCAUCUUUGACCACGCGAGAAUGUCUCGAAACUAUACUAUUUGCCAACGAUCAAUUGAAACGCUACUCAGUCUACUCAACAAAAGAGCGCCCCAAGACAACAAUGCCGGUGGAUGGGACGAGAUUCUACAAACCAGCGAAAGAAUAGCAGAAUACUAUAUCGACAUGGAUAUGCCCGACAGCGCCCACUCUUUUCUCGGUGCGAUUAUCAAAACAGCGACAUUGUAUGGACAAGACCAGUAUCUACCAUCACUCUACAUUUUAAAAGCAACCCUAUACUCUAACACUAAACAAUCUACAUUGACAAUGAAUCAUUGUAAUAGUAGUAGCGAUAGUAAUAGUGAUUGGUUGACAAGUGGCGCUAUAUCCAAUACUCUGAAUUCACUUUCGCUUACUGAACCAUCAUCGCACCAUCACCACGUCAACCCAACUCUUACAUGCAAAGCAAAUUUGCUUUUGGUCAACAUCUACAUACAAUCUACCGACUUUAGCAAGGCAAUCCAACUCUUGUCUGUCACCAUACCCUUGGUUCUCAAAGAUUUAAAUCUACUCACCCAAUCCUACCUUUUGUUUUCCAAAUCUUUGCUUUCAUUAUUUUUACAACAACAACAGCAAUCAAAAGGAAACAAUAACAAUAGUAGUAGCAACCAAAAAGAAAGAGAAAAGAUUCAAUAUUAUAUGGAUGUGACAGAAAAGAAUGCAAUCACACUUACAAAUCACAAGAUACUGGAACAGGUCUAUUACCUACAGAGUAUCUACUACAAUAGAAUUGGGGAUAUUGAAAAAAGGGAUCACUAUGCAAAACAAUUCAAAUCAUUGUCAUUGUUGCCACUAUCAUCAUCGUCAUCAUCAUCAUCAUCAACACUGACAUUACCAAUAUGCAACAACACAACAAUAUCAACUUCACAAAACAACGACGAAUAA